CCGCGCAUGCGCCUAGCCUCUCUCUCCCCUCUCCGCUCCUCUCUAUGGUCGCCCGCCGGCGGCGUGAGCGGCGCUGUCGGGCGGGACCGGAAGUGACGGAUUCCGGACGUCGCUGAGGCGUGAGGGGUGGCAGCGGCGGGCGGGCAGCGAGCGGCGGCUGUAGCAAUUGUGUGCCAGAAAUAUGGCUACGGACUGGCUUGGGAGCAUCGUGUCAAUUAAUUGUGGAGAAAGCUUGGGAGUCUACCAAGGGCGAGUGUCCGCUGUGGAUCAGGUCAGCCAGACAAUCUCCCUUACGCGGCCCUUCCACAAUGGGGUCAAGUGCCUCGUGCCAGAAGUCACUUUCAGGGCAGGUGACAUUACUGAGCUGAAAAUUCUGGAGAUCCCAGGGCCAGGGGACAGCAGGCAAUGUGGGGACCCGCAGCAGGCAGACACUGGCAUCCCUGGGGUUGGCUGCCAAGUGGGGCCCAGCCAGAAUGGCACUGGAAAAAUGUUAAAGAAGCCCUUCUCCAGCAGUGCCCCACAGAACAUCCCGAGGAGGACAGACAUGAAGAAUCAGGAUAUUAUCAUCUCCCCACAGCAGCAGUGCUCCAAGAGCUAUAUGGAUAGGCACAUGGAAACACUGACUCAGUCCAAAGGCUUUCGUCGUAGGCAUAAUUCUUGGUCAUCCAGUAGCCGCCAUCCAAACCAGGUGACUCCGAAGAAGAGCGGGCUGAAGAACGGGCAGAUGAAGAGCAAAGACGACGAGUGCUUCGGGGAUGACAUUGAUGAAAUCCCAGACACAGAUUUUGAUUUUGAAGGGAACCUGGCCCUUUUUGACAAGGCAGCCGUGUUUGAAGAGAUUGAGACGUAUGAGAGGAGGAGCGGCACCCGUUCCCGUGGGACCCCGAGUGAAAAACCAGCUCGCUAUCGGCACGACGAGAACAUCUUGGAAUCGGAGCCCAUAGUCUACAGACGGAUUGUCGUACCCCAGAACGCUAACAAAGAAUUCUGCACGGACUCCGGGCUGGUCGUGCCCAGCGUGUCAUAUGAGCUUCACAAAAAGCUGCUGUCGGUUGCCGAAAAGCACGGGCUGACCCUGGAGCGGAGGCUGGAGAUGACAGGAGUGUGUGCAAGUCAGAUGGCUCUGAGCCUGCUCGGGGGACCCAACAGGCUGAAUCCCAAAAAUGUGCAUCAGCGGCCCACGGUAGCCCUGCUGUGUGGCCCCCACGUGAAGGGGGCCCAGGGGAUCAGCUGCGGGCGGCACCUCUCCAACCACGACGUCCACGUCAUCCUUUUCCUGCCCAACUUCGUCAAGAUGCUGGAGUCCAUUACCAACGAGCUGAGCCUCUUCAGCAAGACGCAAGGCCAGCAGGUGUCCAGUGUCAAAGAUCUCCCAGAUACCCCUGUUGACCUAGUGAUCAACUGCCUGGAUUGUCACGAAAAUGCCUUUUUGAGAGAUCAGCCUUGGUACAAAGCAGUUGUGGACUGGGCCAACCAGAACCGGGCACCCGUCCUCAGCAUAGACCCUCCGAUAUGCGAAAUGGAGCAGGGCAUCGAUGCCAAGUGGUCGCUGGCCUUGGGCCUGCCCCUGCCCCUGGGCGAGAGGGCAGGGCGUGUGUACCUCUGUGACAUUGGCAUUCCCCAGAAGGUCUUUCAGGAAGUGGGAAUAAACUACCACUCACCCUUCGGCUGCAAAUUCGUCAUCCCCCUGCACUCCACUUAGAGCCCUUCCAGCCACGGGGACCUGAUGGAAAAGAAGAGAGAAGGAGUUCUGUCAAAUAAGCUGUCCAGUGGAACCUGACUGGUAAACAGGCAUCUCAAAGCCUUAAAGAUGUGAAGUUCUGGAGAGUUCUUCUCCAGAAGAAAUAUUGUAUUAAAAAAGAAAAAAAGUCGUAAAAUGAAACAAAAAGGAGGAAGCAAAUGUAACUGCAAAGCUGUUUUCAUUCUCUUGUGCCAUUGUAAGAAGGAACAGGCAGGAAAGUGGGAUCUGUCCAUGGCAAGGGCAGCAGCUGCUGCCCAGACCUGCCAGGGGACAUAGGGAUGUGCAUGGAAAUGUUCUGGUGCAAGCGAUGGGUGGUGUGGAGACUUGGGUUGCAUUUCCCAGUCUUUCUGGGCAGAUAGACCCAGACAGGGUGUCCUGGUGGGAGCAGCACCCCUGGAUUGUGUAGAAAUAACCUUUUUUUUUUUUUUUUUUUCUUUGCAGUUGUAGUGGGAGGGUGGAUUUGAUUUUGUUCUGUUCUGUUGGAUUCCCCCUCCCUGUUCUUUGUUCGUGAAGGCAAUAGUAGCUCACGGGACCUCCAUCCCCUCGAGGAGAGAGUUCCCUCUUCAGAAAGCGUGUGUCAGGAGCCAGAAGCUCUCAGGCAGCACAUGCUCCAGGAACACCGACGUCCUCAGCUAGGCCUUACUUGCUUAUGUAUUCUGUUGGCUGUUUGUUUGUUUGGGGGAACAAGGUAUGUUAUGGUAAAGAACUUUUCCAGAGUG